AUUGACAGCUGGAGUGGCAAAAAGCCAUGAGACACGACAGUUUAGUUACAUGCAGGUUGUUGAUGGGCCGAUUGUAACCUUCACUUUGGCGCAUUUUUUAUUUUUUUUUCCAGGAAAGAGGGUAAACAAGAAAAAUUGCAAAACUCCCUGAUGCUACGCUUUCAACUGAACCACACUGGCGAAUAGGAGAGUUCGCAAAGUUGGUUGAAAAAGGAAUCUUGCCACUAAAUCACUUUCUAACCGGGACUGGGAUAUUAAAUAUACGACAGAUUCAGGAGUUUAUUGGAGCGCAGCCUGAUGGCGCAAAGGUACGAUGAGCUGGCCCAUUAUGGUGGGAUGGACGGAGUCCCGGCGUCGAUGUACGGGGACCCGCAUGCUCCCCGGCCGCUUCCCCAGGUCCACCACCUGAACCACGGACCGCCGCUGCACGCCAGCCAGCACUACGGAGCCCACGCUCCUCAUCCGAACGUUAUGCCCACCAGCAUGGGCUCCGCUGUCAACGACGCUUUAAAGAGGGAUAAAGAUCAAAUUUAUGGUCACCCUUUAUUUCCACUCCUCGCACUGGUUUUUGAGAAGUGCGAGUUGGCGACGUGUACUCCGAGGGAGCCCGGCGUAGCAGGCGGCGAUGUCUGCUCUUCAGACUCCUUCAAUGAGGACAUUGCAGUCUUUGCCAAACAGGUCCGAGCAGAAAAACCUUUAUUUUCAUCAAAUCCAGAGUUGGACAAUUUGAUGAUACAAGCCAUACAAGUAUUACGGUUUCACCUCUUGGAAUUAGAAAAGGUGCACGAGCUCUGCGACAAUUUUUGCCACCGGUACAUCAGUUGUUUGAAAGGAAAAAUGCCAAUAGAUCUAGUUAUUGACGAACGGGAUGGCAGCUCAAAAUCAGAUCACGAAGAACUUUCGGGAUCAUCGACCAAUCUUGCAGAUCACAACCCAGCUUCCUGGAGAGACCACGAUGACGCCACCUCCACACACUCAGCCGGCACACCGGGGCCCUCCAGCGGGGGACAUGCUUCACAAAGCGGUGACAACAGCAGUGAGCAAGGAGAUGGCUUAGACAACAGCGUUGCAUCGCCUGGCACAGGGGAUGACGAUGAUCCAGACAAGGAUAAGAAGAGGCAGAAAAAGCGUGGCAUUUUCCCUAAGGUGGCCACAAACAUCAUGAGGGCGUGGCUGUUCCAGCAUCUCACGCACCCAUACCCUUCUGAAGAGCAGAAGAAGCAGCUAGCCCAAGACACGGGCCUCACCAUCUUGCAAGUAAACAACUGGUUUAUCAAUGCCAGGAGAAGAAUAGUACAACCCAUGAUCGACCAGUCAAAUCGAGCAGGUUUUCUUCUUGAUCCUUCAGUGAGCCAAGGAGCAGCGUACAGUCCGGAGGGCCAGCCAAUGGGUAGCUUCGUGCUGGACGGUCAGCAACACAUGGGGAUCCGACCAGCUGGUCUGUCAGGCAUGCCAGGGGAGUACGUACCUCAGAGUGGUCCUAUGGGCAUGAGCAUGACCCCACCCACUUACACCAACCAUCAUCAGCUGACCUCUCACCCUUCCCAGCUCCGACACGGGCCCCCUUUCCAUGCAUACCUACCCGAUCAUCCCCGCGUCCACCACACUCAUCACGCCAUGCUGAUGCACGGAGGACCCUCGUCGCACCCAGGAAUGACCAUGUCUGCACAGAGACCCCCUUUGCUUUCUCCCGUUGACCCCAGUACUGGAGGACAAGGCCUGGACAUCCAUGCCCAAUAGCAUAAGGGAACUUUGCUACGACAUCACGACAACAGCAGCUACUACAAGAAACCAAUAAGAAUAAAAAACAAACAAACAGCAACCAACAAUAAAUCCUAUUUUGAGACUAUUUUUAAGAAUAAGAAGCAAACCCUUUUGACCAGAAUUUGACACGAACGAAACAGAAUUCCAGAUGAGCUGUGAUAAUUCUUUUCUUUUUUUUUCUAACUUGUCAAUUUUGUUACUUUCAUCCAAACGGAGGACCAAGCUGACAAGAACACUUUGUAAAGUCUUGGGCUUUUGGUAAAGAUCAACAGAGGAUGUUUUGACAUACGCGUGCAAAGAACGGACAGACGCACCCGCUCGAAAAAAAGCAAAACACACACACUUUUCUCACACUCACGCACCGUCAUAAACACGUUCAGUACACAUUCAUGUGAUGCUCUCAAACGCUUCUAUAAGAUCACUCUGGAAGAUUUAAAAAAGAGAAGAAAAAAAAAAAAGAAACAACAGAAAGACUCCAAGAGUUAUAACUACUGUAGUAUAAAAGUAUAGAUAAAUAAGUUAAAACUUGUGCAUUUUUUUUGUUGAUCACAUGGUUUCUGUUUCCUGAGCUAGUUUUAGAAUUAAAGGUUAACCUUUUCUCUCUCACACUGUGUGUGCUCCUUCCUGGAGGAGAAACUGUCUCGCAGCACAGCACUAUUAAAGAAAAAAAAAUAAGAAGAUGGAACAUCUCAAAAAGGCUUCAAACCACAGAGGGCAAUCAGGUCCUGUCCCCCAUAAGAACAGGGCAUGAUGGGAAAAGGCUGCUAAAUGACACCGGAUCUCUCCAGAAGAUUCAGUUUGAACAUUUGUCAUGCCCCUCUCUCUCUUUUUCUUGUUUUUGGUUCAUGAAUGAAUGUUGCCCUGUAGGUUUUAAAGAAAAAAAGAGUUCGUUGUUUGAAUUGCCCAAGCACUGGAUUGUGUUGGUUUUAUACAUUUUUAUUUUAAUAUUAUUUUAUUUUUUUUGUACCCUGGACUCUCAUUGAUGAAGAGCAUUUUGAAGGAAGCUUAAUAGUGGAAAAGCAACAUCCUGCAGCGCUUCUUUAUCUGUGGAUCAACAUUCUUGCCAUAAGGACAAUGCUGACACAAAUGUUGAUUCUGUGGCACUGGAGAAGCAUUUGAUGGUUGAUGCACCAAAAAACCUGAAACACACACACACACACACGCAUACACACACACACAAAAAAAAGAAAAGAAAAGAAAAAAAACUUAAAUUAUGAACUCAAUGCUUUUGGGAGAAAAAAGCUGAGAGAAUAUUGUAACAAACUUCGUACAGAGUUCAGUCUAUUAAUUGUUUCAUGUUAGAUAUUCUAUGUGUUUACCUCAAUUGAAAAAGAAUGUUUUUGCUAGUUUCAGAUCUGCUGUGGCAUUGAUAUUGUAUGUCCAUGAAUUCCUUCCUUUUUCAGCACGUGUUCCUCACUAGAUGAUAAGAUGCCGUCUCCCUUAAGCUUUGUCAAAAAUACAUUAAAUACUUGUAUGAGGACUGUGACGUAAUGUUUAAAAGGUGUUCAGUCACAAAUGCUGUAAUAAAUAUUUCAUUUUUGA